GUGAUGCAAGCCAGACUGAUCAGUCUUUUGUCUGUGUGUGUAAAACCAUGACCCACUCAUUCUGCAUCAUUUACAUCCUUCUUCUAGUCACCAUAACUGGGGCCACAGAGAGUGGUAUAGUAGGUGGUCGGCAUGCAAAGGCCCACUCUAGACCCUACAUGGCAUCACUUCAGGUUCGGGGACACCAUACAUGCGGGGGGAUCCUUAUUCGGGAGGACUAUAUUCUAACCGCAGCACACUGCAAAGAACCUUGUCUACCUAUAACAGUGGUACUAGGAGCAGAUGAUAUCAGCAAGAAAGAGAAAAGUCAGCAAAGUAUCACUGUUGCAAAGUACUACCCACAUCCAAAGUAUUAUCAAGAAUGUGGUUAUGACAUUAUGUUACUGAAGUUAGAAAGCAAUGCCAAACUCAACAAGUAUGUCAAGCCUAUUGGAUUACCUGGGAAAGAUGCAAAAAUCCCUGCCAACAUCAAAUGUGAUGUUGCUGGAUGGGGCAGAACUGCAGCCAAUGGACCUGUGUCGAACGUUCUGAAGGAGGCCACAGAGAAGAUACAAUUUAACUUUGAGUGCAAAAAUAUUUGGAGAGAAAACUUCAAUUCUCAGCACAUGAUCUGCACAAAGUUUGACAGGAAGAAUGGAGGCAUAUGCCAGGGUGAUUCUGGUGGACCGCUUAUUUGCAACAAUGUGCUUGAAGGAAUCACUUCUUUUACCUUGGAGGACGAUUGUAAUAAUCCAAAGUAUCCACAUGUCUUCACCAAAAUCAGUUUCUUCAUACCUUGGAUUAAGAAAAUUAUGCAGGAAUAGGGGAAUGCUGGAUGAUCUUUCUUAACUUACUCAAUAAAUGAUUAGGCUUAGUGCAACCUGUAGAAAAUGGAUAGUUUGUGAUCAUUCACUCAGGAAAUUCAGAAGGCAUUUCACAACUUCUGUGCUGUCUCCAGAUAAGAACAAUUUCCCUCCCUACUCUCUGAUUCUGUCUUCGGGGUUUGCAGUAUUUCUCUCUUUCCAGAUUUCCCAAUGGACCAUACUAUUGAUUAUGUUUUCUCAUCAUCCCCAUAUUGUAAUGGCUUGAUUUCCAUUCUUUAAAACAGCAUAUGCAGUAUCAUUCCUUUUUCCUUACAGGAUGUUGGGAGGGUAAAUAACAGAUGAUUUUGGGAGAAAGUGCUGAAAUUAAUAUAUUUGUCUUCGUCAUGUACUUGGCAAAACUUGGUACAACUCAAAGUUGUACUGACAACCCAUCUGACCAAUUCAGGACUAGUGAAAGUUGUAGGAGGGCAAUAAGAUGGAGCCACACCCCCUUUUUCUUUUUUUCUUAUUUUUUGCUUCCAGUCUGCAAAGAAAUGUAAAGACUUUUUUCCCCCUAAGGUAUCAAAAAUCAAUAAAAGAUGU